CAUGCGCCGGUGUCUGAGGAUCGUGAGGUGAGGGCGAGGAGCGCCAUGUUGGCUCCUCCCCUCCGGGCGGUACCAGGGGCCAGAUGGGCGGCUGGCACCUCCUCCUUCUCGCCGGUCUUCUUCGGUACUGCUUCCCCAGCAGAAAAGAUUAAAAAAAAAAAAAAGAAACAAAAACCGUGCAGCGCUGAAAGCAAGCGGUGGAGGGGCCUUUCCUGUCAGGAUGUGGGAGCUGCUGCGUGGCCCCGAGGCGGCUGAGCUGCGCCGUGAGAGGAGAGCUCUGGAAGUGGAACUCCGAAAGCCGGAGUCUGCCCCAGUGCCUGCCUUGCCCCGGCUGAUACGUGCUCGUACGGCAGUCACUGCUCAGACCUGUGCCGUCCCUCGCUGCUGCUAUGAGAGCAGCUCCCCCGGGUGUACAAAGCAGGUGAAUGUGCGAAAGUUACCGGUUAACCAAAGGGAAGUCUUUUUUCAUUUCCCAUUACUUCCGAUUAAAGCAAAAGAAGAAGAAAAAAAAGGAUUUAAAAUGAGAGGUGUGGUUGAUGGGACAGGCCACUUAAAAGGACAACAAAGCAUCCCAGCAGAUCUGGCAGUCACAAUGCCCGCCAUAUUUUUAUGCACCAGGUCCUCCAUCCAUGCUUGAACAUUGCUAUCUUCCAAAUACUUCAUCUCAUUUCACCGCCAGUUGAAGUAGAUCCAUCAGCUCAGUGAGAUGAUCCAAUACAUUGCACUACUAUGACAGCAACCAGGAGAUGAAAUCAUGCAGCAGGAGAUACGGCCGCUGGUUGCAGUUGAUAUAAUAGAACAGCUACACAGACAAUUUGCUAUCUUGUCAGGAGGAAGAGGGAAGGAUGGAGCACCAAUUAUUACCUUCCCAGAGUUUGCAGGAUUCAGUGAAAUACCUGAUGAGGAUUUUCUAAAUGUGGUCACAUAUCUAACCAGCAUUCCCAGUCUGGAGGCUGCCAGCAUUGGAUUCAUCAUCAUCAUAGACAGACGACGAGACAAAUGGAGCGCAGUCAAGGCAUCCCUGACGCGGAUAGCAGGAGCAUUUCCAGGAAACCUACAGCUAGUAUUCGUCCUGCGUCCCUCACGCUUUAUCCAAAGGGCGAUCGCUGACAUUGGCAUUAAACUCUAUCGAGAUGACUUUAAAAUGAAGGUACCGAUCAUCAUGUUAAAUUCUGUCUCUGAUCUUCAUGGCUAUAUUGAUAAAUGUCAGCUGACCCGGGAGCUGGGAGGAACCCUGGAGUAUGGCCACAGUCAGUGGAUACAUCACCGAACUGCUAUCGAAAACUUCGCAAUGACAGUGAAAACAACAGCACAGAUGCUACAGACCUUUGGAACAGACUUAGCAGAGACUGAACUUCCCAAUGAUGUUCAGUGUACAGAGGAGCUCCUAUCUGCACACACUGACCACCACAGCAAGCUGAAGGAUGAGCUGAAACUAGCUGUGAAGCAGGGGGCCACGCUACUGACGUGCAUUAGGGAGCCAGUCACCCGAAGUGCCAACAGCAAACUCAGUCCAGAUGAACUAGAAAAUGUGGCAACAGUGGAAAGGUUGUUGGCUCAGUUGGAUGAAACAGAAAAGGCUUUUGAUCAAUUUUGGACCAAGCAUCACCUAAAACUAGAACAAUGCUUGCAGCUUCGACACUUUGAACAUGAUUUUAGAGAGGUAAAAUUAACAUUGGAUAAUCUCAUGGAAGCACAAGCAGGUUUUUCUGAUGUUGGAGACAGUGUGACUCGAGUAGAACACCUCCUAAGGGAACAGAAACAACUAGAAGAAAAAGGACAGGAACCUUUGGAGAAAGCCCAGACUCUAGCUCUCCAUGGAGAACAGCUCAUCCAAAACAACCAUUAUGCAGUUGACUCCAUUAGACCAAAGUGUGUUGAACUCAGGCGUAUUUGUGAUGACUUUACUAAUGAGACCAAGAAAAAGAAUGAUAUUUUGGGAAAGUCUCUUGAGCUGCAUAAGCAAUUAGAUAAGGCAAGCCAAUGGUGUGAAGCUGGAAUCUACCUCUUAGCUUCUCAAGCUGUGGACAAGUGCCAGUCACAAGAGGGAGCUGAAACUGCACUCGUUGAAAUAGAGAAGUUCCUAGCAACAGCAAAGGAACACCAACUCUCUAACCCAAAGGAGUUCUACAAUCAGUUUGACACGAUUCUCACACCUGAAAUAAAGGCCAAUGCCCAAAGGAUUUUACAGAAACUAGAAGAUGUACAAGAAAUGUUUGACAAGAGGCAAGUGAGUCUGAAGAAGCUAGCAGCCAAACAGACCCGUCCAGUACAACCUGUUGCCCCACAUCCUGAAUCUUCCCCAAAACGAGCAUCACCAAAGACUACCAGACCAGCAGGAGUAGCUACCAACAGGAGGUCCACAGAAAUUACUUGUCCUCCAAAGUCCAUCUCUGAGGUAGAGUUAUCAAAAAAGAAAAGCAUUAAGAAGACUAAAGGUGGAAUUAAGAUUGAAGUGAUGCAUGAAGAGAGUCAAGGGGGAUCUAGCAGAGUCUUGGUUAUGAGUGAAAGCGAUGAGAACCUGUCGACGAGGAGGAGCCACAUAAUCAAUGAGCUGAUAGAAACAGAACGCGUUUACGUAGAAGAACUUCAAAGCAUAAUAGAGGGGUAUGCUUCAGAAAUGGACAAUCCCAGUUUAUUACAUCUGAUUCCAACAAUGCUCCAGAACAAGAAGGAAAUUCUAUUCGGGAACCUCCCAGAAAUCUAUGAAUUCCACAACAGGAUUUUCCUCAAAGAGUUAGAAAAUUGCAUUGAAAAUCCUGAACUUCUUGCCCGAUGCUUUUUGAAAAGGAAAGAGGACCUCCAAAUAUAUGAAAAAUACUGUCAGAACAAGCCAAGGUCUGAAGCUCUCUGGAGACAGUGUGGAGACAGCAUCUUUUUUCAGGAGUGUCAGCGUAAAUUGGAUCAUAAGCUCUCCCUAGAUGCGUAUCUUUUAAAGCCAGUCCAGAGAAUCACCAAGUAUCAGCUGCUAUUAAAGGAAAUGCUGAAAUGUAGCAAGAAUUCAGAGGGUACUGCUGAACUGGAAGAGGCCUUGGCCACAGUGCUUGAUAUCAUCAAAUCCGUAAAUGACUCCAUGCACCAGAUAGCGAUCACAGGAUAUGAGGGGGAUGUAAGUGAGCUUGGUAAGCUGUUGAUGCAAGGUUCCUUCAACGUAUGGACUGACCACAAGAAGGGUCACAACAAGGUGAAGGACUUGGCAAGAUUCAAACCGAUGCAGAGACACCUCUUCCUCUACACAAAGAUGCUGCUUUUUUGCAAGAAACGAGAGGAGAACACAGAUGGUCAUGAGAAGACAGCUUCAUACAGCUUUAAAAAUUCAUUAAAGAUGAGCACAGUGGGCAUUACAGAAAAUGUAAAAGGAGAUAACAAGAAGUUUGAGAUCUGGUAUAAUGGCAGAGAAGAAGUCUAUAUCAUUCAGGCAUCUUCUGUUGAGCUGAAAAACACUUGGAUUUCCGAGAUACGCAAAGUUCUAACAGGACAACUGGAAGCAUGUAGAGAAGCAAGUCAGCUACACCAAAGAAUCACUGAGAGUGUGUACCAUGCACCAAUGAAUUCCUCCAAUAUAACCUCCAGGUAUAGCAGAAAGUCAUCAAGCAUAUAUGAAAACAAAUCUGAAACAUCAAACGUGGAAGCAUCUAACAAUAAAAACAGGAAUUCCAGUCCCAGCGCCAGACAAAAGAGAGAUCCAGAAUCUAAGGAAAGAGAAGUUGCCCGUCGCUUUUCCCUAGCCUCCUCCAUCAGCACCACAGUUAAUGCAUCUGCUGUGACCAAAGGUCCCCUUGUUCCUGCAGUUAAAGUCAAGAGACAUGAAAUAAAGAGUGACCCAACUCCUCUGGGGUUUGAAGAUGCUUUUGAGAACACCAUAUUGGCCCAGACUAAAUGUAACACUGGUUCCACCACGAGACCCGUACCUAGAUCUGCUUCACAGACAGGCUGGCCCAGCAGGCAGAUGCCAUCUCUAGACACAUUUGAAGAUUUCGAAGCCAUUCCUUCCAGCAUGGAUGAACUCUCCAACUCUUCAGACAUGGAGGAGGAAACCAACCCUAACAAUGGGACCAAUCUUUUUCGAGUAGAAGGCAGUUUUGACAGCUGUUUCCCAGAUUCUCUUACACUUGAGGAUGGAGAUCUAGUGCAGUUUGUGCAGGAAGGAGAAAAUGGGCAAUGGUUAGUGAAGAAAUUGGUCUCGGAGAAAAGUGAGUGGGUUCCUUCCAGUAUAUUGCAGCCAGCAGAGGGGGACACUAACAACAUAAUUAAGAACAGCAAUGCAGACAUGUACAAUGAUUCCUGCAGCACGGCUUCGGUAGAGUCAGACACCAAGGAAAGUGAGGUGGUUAAAAGCUUCCCAGCAGAACAGAGGGCUGGCAGCUGAAUGGCAGGACCAGCCUUCCUCAGGACCCUCUCCAUCUCUUUGUUUAUUUUGGGUUGACACUGGAUCAAAGCUGCCUUUCUCACAAGCUCUGAGCUUCAUAAUUCUCUGAAACUCCAUUAACAUGGACAGAUGAGAGGAAAAACAAACUUGAGAGGAACAUUAAACAUCCAGACAGCAUCAAGAACCACCUUCAGUAUUAGAGGAGAAAAAUGCUUCUUGCAUUGUUUAUCAAACUGUUUCAGAAGAUGUGGCCUAAAUUAGGUCGACAGCAGAGCUGAAGAGUUACUAUGCACGCACCUUUUGGCAACUUUCCUUGAACACCGAGUUACUGCAGAGGGACACACAUACAUGGUUUUGAGUUCUUGCUCUACCAUGGGUCACUUGGAGGUUUUUCCAUUUGCUUGCCUCAGUAGCUGUGCCUUCCCCACCCUCCUUAAUUAGAGUUAAUAGAUCACAAAUGUGCCCUUUUUGCUGAUGGUCAUCACUAAAACUGUCACAUUUUAGAUUGGAUGUGGAAAGGAAACUUCUGACUUGGACCAUCAGAGAGGCUUCAUGCAGCAAUGGCACAGUGAACAACCUGUUGCGUUCAGCAUUAUUUUGGGAUAAUGCAGGUGGCAACUUGGUUGGCAUAAGGUGGAGAUGCAGGUUUUAGCCAAGAGGCAAAGACGUGUGACAGCUACUGUGACAAAGAACGUGUUUAACUCUUUUUACAGCGUAAGUCAUUCCACUGCACCCUCUGCAGUCUGUGGUUGCUGGUUCACAAUCCUUUGCAUUUGGUGCCGAGAAUUCAAUUGAAUGCCAUUUAAUGUCAUAUGUUUGAGUAGACUGCAUGCUUUCUUUUUGUGCUGGACUAUGGAGUAGCUACAUUUCAUUCCCCAUAAGAAAUAUAUUUAAGCAUCACAAAUAGGCAGUGAGCAUUAGGUGCUCCAAUGAGUGGAUAAAGUGUUGUUGUUAAAUACUUAUUUCCAGGACAUUUGGUUAUAGGACUGUACCAAAUCUCUGCCACAUAAGGAUGUAAUGUACAAUAUGAAGUGAGUACAGAUUUUAUUAUUCCUUUACAAGCCAUUAGCUCAUCUAGAGCAGCUGUUAAGACAUGAAAGCAUUUUGAUGGUAAUUGGGUCUUAGGUCCCAUAAAAGCUGCUAGUACUUUAGUAAAGAUUAGUAUUGACUAAGGGUUGCAAACAAGUAAAGAUCAGACACGAUUAAGUGACCCAAAAGCUCAAGAACUGGUGAUUGACUUUUACUGUUAGAGAUUUUUUGUUUAUCCCUAAGAGUAGUGAUGCUCUAUGUAGAUAAUAAAAGGGACGAAAGCACUAAAAAUGGAGAUGAAGCAAAACCAAAAAUCACUCCUUGGUAAAAUAGCAAAAUAGAAAGAGUCUGCAACAUUUCUGUUAUCCUCUUUGCAGGGACCUGAACAUUUUUCUUUGUGUUUCAGUGAAGGCUGGUAUUGCAAAUAUCUUAGUGUGUGAGUCAGGAUAGCUGUGAAGCAAGUAAAUAGUCCCAUUCAAGAAAAAGCCUCAAAGUAAGUAGAUAAAGGUUUAUUCAGAUUAUUAUUAUUAUUAUUUUGCCUGUGAAGGAUUACUAGUUAAUUAUUAGUUGCACUGUGGUGGUGAAUUCCCAUGAGUAAUGUUCUUCUGACCCUCAGUAUCUAAACUCCGUAGAUUCUAAUGGUUUUUAUUCAUGACAAAAAGACGUGAGAGUUCUGUACCUUUUUCAAAGCUUUUUGUCCUACAGAGAUAAGAGCUCGUACGUUUUGUGCUGGUCAUUUACCUUAAAAAUGACCUGUAGGCUCCCGGGAGCAUGACUUCUGUUAAAGUCUGCUGAAGUUAUGAGCACCUUGAGGGAAGAACUGGUUCCUUUCAGUCCCCCCUCAAGGAAAUGUGCAGUGUUUUUUUUUUUUAUUUUUUAUUUUUUGUAGUGCAAUCAUUUAAUCCUCUCCAUAAAAUGACUUCAUUUUUGUUUCUGUAUUACUUUCAGUAAUUUUUGCAUGGCCUCAUAACAGUGCUCCUGUCUACCCUUGCCCUAAGCACAGGAGAGGAAAGGGGAAGGGAGCUUUGAUUGCACAUUAAGUAAGUAUAGUAAGAUUUGUGUGUGAGCAAGAGAGAGAUGGGGAAGGGUUACCCUGUGUGUGUGAAACUGCCAAAACUAGUAUUUGUGACAUUACACGGUCAUGGAAAGACCCCAACCUGCACUUUGGAGUUUCAAGUGGAGGAAUCUCAUUCUAAUGGUGAAAUAGCAGUGGGAAUUCUUUGUUUGAACUGGAGAUGGAAAAUCAGGUAUUGUGAAUCCUCAUCCUACCUCUGCUGUGUGCAGACUGACAGUGAGAUAUUCCUAUAUCCCUGGUGCCUCAGUAUCUCUGUGUAAAAUGGGAGAUACUGAAUUUCCCUCAUAUCCAGCUCUGAUGCUGAACUCUAGCAUGUAUUCUUAAACUGGAGACCCUUCAGGGGAAAGCAAAGUAUUCACCCCCAUAUGUCCCACUGUGCCCUACAAGAGUGUCAGUGGUGGUAUCCUACGGGGUAGUCUGGAGCUGGAGCAGGGAAGCAGAUUGCUACAAAGGUGUCUCCGGUCUCCCAGCACACUGACCCACUGCAAAGGUAUGGGCUGGGUUAUUACAAUUCUCAUUCCUACUUUGCUUUUGAAUUAUUUUUUUUUCCAAAAUUUCACAUUUUUUCCCAUUUGACCAAAGGUUAAGUCACUCCUGCACUAUGAAUGUCCUGAGGAUGGCUAGUAACUCCCUGGCCCAUGGUUGUAUGCAGUAUGUGAGAUUUUCAGCAACUUCACAGCCUUGAAACUAUGCCCUCUGCUCAUUUGGGUUUAGUUGGGCAAUGGACUCCUUCAUUACUGGAGGUAGUGACAAACUGGUAUAUAGGCAAACACCACGAUGUCAGUCAAGGCCAGAAAGUAACCAGGCUUGAUCCUCUCCAUCUUUCACUGCCUAACACCACUGAAAGGAGAAUCAGACCAAUGGUUGUUGUCUGAACACUGGCUUAUGUAGCCAGUCACAACAAAGCUGUGCGUGUGGUCUUAUAUUCUGUUUGUGUAUGUAAUGAAAAGCCAUUUUAUUAUCCAUCAUUUUCUUAGUCUCUGAGAUUACAAACAGGAUUGGGUAUUUUUGGGUUGUUUUUCCUUUCCAAAAAUACUCAAAGCCUGAUUUCUAAUAUAUAUGUUAUUAGAAAUAUUUAAGAAUAAUGAGGAAAAAAAAGAGCCAAAUUCAGUAUUUCUUCUUGCAGCUGGAGCUGAAACAGCUGCUAAGAUUUCCUCUCCCCAGCUAAGAAUUGGUACCGUUUGUUUCUUACAUAUUUUCCGUUGUGUUGAUAAUGAUGUAUUUGUAUAUUGUGGCUGAUGAGAGAUAAUCAGACAGGGAAAGAGCGCAGAAUUGCCUGUCCUUUUUUCCAGUCAAGACGAAUGUAUGAAAUUAUUACAAGAAAAAAGUGUGCAAAUGAGCUUUCUGUAAUUCUGACCUGUGUAAAACCACACUUUGUUUGAAAUUUAUAAAAAUUAUAACUAGUACAAAA